GGUUAAUGGGUUCAUUGGGUUACGAAAAGUUGAGAGCUGUUCUCUCCCUCGCGUGAGGUUCUUCUUCGUUCUUACCCACAAAUCCACUCGAUCUUCCAUUAAUCCUGUUCUUUGAGCUUGGAUAUUGAAUGUUUUUACUUCCUAAACCCCUUUAGAUUGUAAAUCCCUCAAUUUUUGAGCCCAGGUUUGGAUUCUUGAACUGAUAGCACGCAUUAAAUCGCUCGGAAUUACUGUUCACCGAGAGUGGUCAACGCCUACUGCUCUUGAUUUCCUUGAUCAACACCUGGUUGGAGGAUCGUUCUAGCUUCCCCUUGAGGUUACGAUCAAGCAAAUAUAACUUUCUCCUUCAUCAGGACUGAUCGAUUUUUUCCUCAACGGUCACCUGCUAUCUCCAGUUUCCAUAGCUGAAAAGGAAACCAGACUGAUGGUUACGUAAUUGGGGAGCUACAGCUUAGUUUUCCCUCUUCCUCUACUCAUGCCUACCAAAAAAAAGAAGGAAAUGCCCGCACCUACUAAAUCAUCUUCUCGUCUUCGAGCUAGGCAGAACAGGGAAGCUGAUGAUUCAACUGAGGAAACUGUACGUCAGAGGGUAGACAUAUUCCAACUCAAGGAAGAUGAUUCGCAGGACCAUAUUGAUGCUGUGGGUUCUUCCAUACUGCUGGAACCCAUAAUUGAAAAUUCCCAGGAAGAAAAAAUGCUGUCUUCGGACUCUAGCAUGGAGGCUGCGCAAAUGGGUGAUGUUACUACGGUGGAGGUAACUUCUACACUCCAAAGUGUUGGUCUGGCUGAGCAUAUGGACGAAGCUACUGCAGUGGAGGAAAUUUCUACACUCCAAAAUGAUGGCUUGGCUAAAGCAAUUGUUCCUCUUGAACCUACUUUAGAGGAAAAUGAUAUGGAACAACUGGAGAUUCAAGAGGAAUAUGAAUUAGAUUCUAGUGUCCAACAAUUUCUGGAAAAUGAAGAAGCCGAGGCUAAUAAAGCCACUGUCCAACAAAGCGGAGUGGCAAGCAAAGAAGUCACAAACCUGGCUGUUAUACCUACUAUCCAUACCGCGGCAUUACAGCCUGCGACAAUACCCUCUUCGGACAAGACAGAUGUUACUGCCAAUGGUGCUGUGGUAUUGGGGGUCAACAAGUGGGGAGAUCCAGGCUCUAAACCCUCAUUUGCUUCACUCUUCAAGGAUAAUAGGGAACCCGAUAAGGGUAUGAAACUGAGAUAUAUUGAGCCCAAAGGAGACAUUAUUGACCUCACUACUAGAGUGCUACCAUCCAUCAUUGAUAUUUGGGGGCAUUGUUUAGUUGGUUACUUUGAUGGUGGAUAUCCCGGAUAUAAAAAUCUCCACACAAUUGUGCAAAAAUGGGCUGUCCCGUGCCGUUUUAGAAGCCAUGACAAAGGAUGGGUAAUCUUUAAAUUCCAAAAUGAGAAGGAUAGGGCUAAAGUGCUUAUGGAAGGUCCAUAUACCUUGUUUGGGAAAAGAUUUCCAUUGAAACUACUAUCGGAUGAUUUUUCUAUGAGCGAUGAGGAAUUUCUUAAGGUUCCUAUUUGGGUGCAAUUCCCCCAUCUACCUAUGCGGAUUUGGAAUGAGGAUGUCAUAAGUGAGGUGGCAUCUAAGGUGGGCUUACCCUUGACUACGGAUAGAGUUACUCUUGAAAAGGCUAGAUCAAAUUUUGCAAGAGUUCUCAUUGAAGUUGAUGCCUCUAAACCACCUCCACUUGAGCUCAAGAUCAAGUUACCAAAUGGCAAACUACACACUCAAUUUGUGAGGUAUGAAACAUUUCCAAAUUAUUGUUUCCAUUGUAAAAAGUUUGGCCACCAUGCCUUUACUUGCUCCAUUAUUGCCGAAAUUGAGAAGAAAGCUAAAGAAGAUGUUAUAAAAAAAAGUAUGGGUAUUAAUAUGGAAGAAGGAGCUGCCGAGGGUGCAAUUUGUGAUGCCAAAACAGUGAGUACGAAGGAUGUGGUUGUAGGAGAAGCCGAGAGCAGCAACAUGGCUGCCAAAACAGUGAAUUUGGAUGCUAAAACAGUGAGUAAUGAGCAACUUAUUGAGGAGGAAAGUGAUCUCUUUAUUACUAAAAGAGAUCAUCCAUUUUUCAAGAAGUUUCGGCUCUUUAAAUGGGGAAAGAGAAAGCCUAUAAGAGGUGAGGUUGUCACAUCCGUUUUCAAGGAUGGCGAAGAAGAACUUAUCCGGAAAGUCCACAACUUUCAUGAUACGUACCAAGACGAGGUGAUAGUUCAAAUGGGAACCGAUGAGGUGCUCAUGCCAAAUAUCAAUGUUACACACAAGAAGCAUGUAGAUAAGGAUGCUACUAUUAUCAAGAUGGACCAUCAUCUCAAGAUAGUAAAGGAAGACCAACCCGGAAUGCUUUUCACCAAAGAAUGCCUUGAAGAUCUUCCCGGAAUAACAAUAAGAGACAAGGAGUAUACUUUUGAUCCUUCUUUUAUGAGGGCUGUUUUUAGACAUUACUUGUGCCGAUAUUAUGAAGAUGGAUGCCCGAGGGGGAAAGCUUCGCUUGUAAAAAGGCCAAGUAUGAAAGAUUUCAACAAAGUACGUGUGGUGAAUGAUAUUAGGGAUGCAUACCGAGAUGAUGUCAUUGUUAAGCUUGAACUUGGCAAAGAUAAUCUACCUUUGAUUCACCUACUACAUUCCGGUGAAGUUAAAGAUCAAAUGGUGAGGCUUGAUAACUACUUGAGAGCCACCCAAGAUGAGCUUACCGAGGGACUCACAUUCACGACUACAUGCUUGGAGACUAUCCCGGGGGUCGUUGCUACGGAGUACGGGUAUGAAUUUAACUCUUGGUUUAUUGAAUUUCCCUAUACUUUAUUAUAUCUUACUAGGUACAAAGCAAGAGCAAAGCCGAGCCAUUUGUUGAAAAAAAAUGAGGCUAGGCCGAGAGUCCAAGGAAAGAAAGGUGGGAGGAGGAACAACAACAAAAGGUCUUGAUGAUUGUGUCCGCAUGGAAUAUAAGAGGCCUCAAUAAGGUCUCCAAACAAAACUCUAUCCUUAAGUUUAUUCGCACUAAUAAUAUUCAUUUGUGUUGUCUCCUUGAAACCAAAAUGACCACUACUAAUUUUGUUAAUUUUAGUUCAAAUAGAUUACCUUCUUGGCUAUCUAUUACUAAUUUUGACAAAAUUGAUGGUGGCCGUAUUGGCAUCAUUUGGGACCCACAUUUUGUUCAUAUUAAUGUACUUGAAAUUGACAAGCAACAUAUACACCUUACCGCCACUUGUAAGGUUACUCAAAUUGAGUAUCUUGUUACUUUUGUGUAUGCUCUCUAUACGGCUCUUGAGAGAAAGGCCCUUUGGGAUCAUCUAGCAAACUUGGAGCCUAACAUUAAUAGCCCGUGGCUAGUAAUGGGAGACUUCAAUUGUGUUGGAUGCCCGAAUGAGAGGGUGGGUCCUACCCCUCCCUCGGCCUAUAAUAUGCAACAUUUAAAUGAUUUUAAAUUGCAAACUAAUCUUGUUGAUUGUCCAUCCACGGGCCAAUUCCUUACUUGGAAUAGAGGUUCCCUUUGGGCUAAACUAGAUCGAGUUCUUAUUAAUUCUUUUUGGUCUACUUUGGAUAUUGAGUGCAAAACACAUUUUCAUGAUUUCGAACUUGAAUCCGACCAUGUAGCUUCCAUGGUUUCCAUUGGGAAAACUAAUGGGGCUGCCUCUCGGCCUUUUAAAUUUUUUAAUAUGUGGCUAAAUCAUGAAAAUUUCAAUGCCAUCCUCACCACCCAUUGGGAUAGAGAGGUAUACGGUAGCUCCCAAUUCAUCUUAGCCAAGAAAUUGAAGGACCUCAAAAGACCGCUUAGAGAGCUAAAUAAACUCCACUUUGGCCACAUUUCCGAAAGAGUUAAGGACUCCAAGAAAGAGUAUAAAAGGCUCCUCGGGCUCUCUAUACUCUCUCCGUUGGACGAAACUAUAAAAGAAGAACUCUCCUUGAUCAAGAAGAAACUUCUUAACCUUAAACUAGCCGAAGAAGAUUUUUUUAAGCAAAAGGCUAAGGCAAAUCAUCUUGUUCAAAGUGAUAAAUGUACUAAAUACUUCCAUGCUAUUGUGAAAAAGAAUAUGGCUAGAAAUUCCAUUACGGCUUUAAAACUCCAAAAUGGGAUUUCUACCACUUCUAUUGACCAAGUUGCUACGGAAUUAGUGAAUUUUUAUACUAAUUUGUUUGGUGCCUACUACCCCACUUCCGGGUUGGACCCCUCUGUGGUGGCCUCGGGUAGGUGUUUACCCGCCAAUGCCACUCCUGGCUUGGUUGCUCCUAUCACCGACUUGGAAAUCAAGGAGGCCUUGUUUGAUAUUGGUGAUAACAAAUCACCGGGGCCGGACGGUUACACAUCCGCAUUUUUUAAAAAAAAUUGGAACACCGUUGGUUUUGACUUUACUAGAGCCGUGAGGGGCUUCUUUGGCUCUGGCAGGUUAUUAAAGCAAACUAACCAUACGGUUAUUGCUUUAAUUCCUAAGACCAAUCACUCUCCCACACCGGCGGACUUUAGACCAAUUGCUUGUACUAAUGUGGUUUACAAAGUCAUUACCAAAAUUAUUUCUAAGAGAAUGAUCCCGUGUCUACCAGACCUCAUUGACCACGCCCAAGGGGCGUUUGUUGAUGGAAGACUUAUGAUUGAUAAUGUCUUCGUUGCACAAGAACUGAUCAAGGGAUACUCUAGGAAACGUGCAUCUCCUAGAUGUAUGAUAAAGGUUGAUCUCCGGAAAGCCUAUGAUACUAUAUCCUGGGAUUUCCUGGCUGCCAUGUUAACCCAUUUGGGCUUCCCGGGCAGAUUUAUACAUUGGAUUAUGGAGUGUGUCACCACACCUUCCUAUUCCAUAUCUAUUAAUGGGGUGCUUCACGGCCACUUUGAGGGUAAGAGAGGGCUUCGGCAAGGGGAUCCUAUGUCCCCCCUCUUAUUUGUCCUUUGCUUGGAAUAUUUUUCCAGAUUGUUGAACAUUAGGACCAAAAAUCCUAUGUUUAACCACCACCCCCUGUGUGGAUCCCUUAACAUAUCACAUGUGGCUUAUGCUGAUGAUUUGAUGCUUUUUUCUAGAGGGGAUACCACAUCUAUACAGAUUCUCACACAAGCCUUGGAAGAUUUUGGUAACCUAUCUGGCCUUAGGGUCAACUAUGAUAAAUCAAAUAUCUUCCUUGGUGGUAAUGCAUAUUAUGAGCUUGACACUAUACUAGAACUGGUGGAUUUCAAAAUUGGUGCAUUCCCGGUCAAAUACCUAGGGGUCCCCCUGGCACCCUUAAGGUUAUCUGUGGCCCAGUAUGCACCACUUUUGGAGUCCAUAACUACUUUCAUUAAUGCUUGGAGUACUAAGUCUUUAUCUUAUGCAGGCAGAGUUGAGCUGAUAAAGUCCGUUAUACAGGGAGUGCACUCUUUUUGGUUACACAUGUUUCCCAUCCCUAAUGUUAUUCUUGAUAGGAUUACAUCCAUUUGUCGCAUUUUUCUUUGGGGAAGCAAAUUCGCUAGGGUUGCCUGGGCUGAUAUUUGUCUCCCUAAAGAAGAGGGUGGACUUGGCAUACAUGACACAAGAGUUUGGAAUAAGGCUUUACUUUCAAAAACUUUUUGGGAUAUACAUACAAAAAAGGACACACUUUGGGUCAAGUGGGUCCAUGGGGUUUAUCUCAAGGGUAGGUGUGUGUGGGAGUUUGUCCCACACGAAAGAGAUUCACAAUUGUUUAAAAAAAUUGCACAAAUCCGAGAUGAAAUACUCUCCAAAUUCCAGGACAUCCCGAGUGCUAUACUUGGCUUAAAUGCUUUUCAGAUGAAUGGUAAGCUUGUAUCCUCCAAAGUUUAUGAUUUGCUUAGGCCUAGGGCUGCCACCCGUGUGUGGAUGCCGUUUAUUUGGAAAGAUUACAUCCCUCCCAAGUUUUCCUUUGUUACUUGGCUGGCAUUCCGUAACAGAUUAGCCACGUGUGAUAAUCUUCAUAGAUUAGAUGUGGAUAAUACUUGUGUAUUGUGCAAGGGUGGACCGGAAACGGUUCCACACCUCUACUUUGAAUGCCCUUUUUCAGGAAAAGUUUGGGCUAUGAUGAAAGCAUGGAUUGGCAUUCCACGAAUGAUGGGGACCCUAGCUAGUGCGGUCAAAUGGAUCAAGAAGGAAAGGAGUGGAGCUAAUGUACGAGCCAAGGCCGCCAGGAUUGCUUUCUUGUGCACCAUAUACUCGCUUUGGAGAGUCAGGAAUGCAGCUCGAUUUGAUGAUUUUUUGCCAAAGGAGGAGGAAGUUUUUGCCAGGAUACAAUAUGUUGUCUAUAAAAUUCUGUAUUGCAUCUAUCCUUAUGAUUUGGUAGUACUUUGAUAACUUUCCGCCCAUCACCUAUUUUUGUUUGUGAUAGGCCGUGAGGUAGUAUAGGGGGGGCUGCCAUGGCACCCUUAUUUUGGCAGGUGAUGGGUUAUCCAAUCUUUGGAUAGCCUACAGUUUUGCUCAUAUUUUUUGCUGUACAGACGAACUAUUGACGGUUUUUUCUAAUAUACUUACAUGUUAUCGUCGAGUUGCAAUGGGUUCCCUAUGCAAAAA